AAAGCGGCCUGCAGCCUGUGAAUUUCAACGCAGGAAUUUCCGAACGCGUCCUGAAUAUCCGUAAACGGAAGUAGAAUCACCAAUCACAGUCCAGCAAAAUGUGAAGGCGGAAAUCAUUUUUCAGCCUAAAUCUAUCGCACCGAGCGAACCUUUUGUACCCUGCUGUCAUUAUGGAGGAGGAGAAGACGCGAUGAAACAAUUGAUUUCGAGAAGAUAUGAGAUGGAUGCAGCGCAAAGAGAUUUCCUCUAUUGCUAUGGAGCCAUCACAGAGGUUCUCCGAUGUGGUCCUCCUGACUUGCACACUGGCCACAAAGUGCUUGUUUUAGUUAUUCCUGGUAACCCUGGUGUGGUGGGCUUUUACGGAAGCUUCAUCGAAACGCUUUACGCUCUGUUUGGCAGCCAACACCCAGUGUGGGCUGUGAGCCACGCUGGACACUGUAUUCCACCUGCAUCCAUGGACAUGCUCGAAGAUGCCUACUCAGCGGCUGAUCUGGACCCAUUUGGUCUGAACGGUCAGAUAGAACACAAGCUGGCCUUCUUGAGGAAGCACGUCCCAAAGAAAACAAAGCUCAUCCUGGUGGGACAUUCCAUCGGCUGCUACAUCAUUUUGGAAAUAAUGAGGAGAGAUCCCAGUCUCGAGAUCGUCAAGGCCGUCAUGCUGUUUCCGACCAUUGAACGCAUGGCCCAGACUCCCCAGGGGAAGAGCAUGACCCCAAUGCUGUGUCACCUGCGCUACCUGGCCUACCUGUCCAUUUUCCUGCUCUCUCUGCUGCCCGAGAGACUCAAAGGCGCUCUGGUCAAAGUGGUUUUGGCUGGCAUUGGCUCUCUGGACCGCUCCGUUGUCCCACCCGCUGUAGGCCUCCUCAGCGGUGACUCUGCAGCCAAUGCUGUGUACAUGGCCGGCCAGGAAAUGAGGCAAGUUUUGGAGAGAGAUAACGUGACCAUUGGGAAAAACCUUGAAAAGCUCAUCUUCUAUUAUGGAGCGAGAGACCGUUGGUGCCCUGUGCAAUAUUGUCACGAGAUCAAGGAGGACUUCCCGGCCGGAGAUUUCCGACUUUGUGAAACUGGAUUUCGUCAUGCUUUUGUACUGGACGCUGGGAGAGAAGUGGCAAAAAUGCUGGCAGAAUGGAUCCAGAGCCAUUUGAAGAUUUGAAGUCUUAUAUCUGUCUUGGAUGAUGUCGAUGCUUUGCUUGCCUAAUGUUGCCUGUGGUGUCAUUGACCGUGGAAGCGCAACAAUUGCUGCGCUUGUGUAUCGAUUUCAACUCUCCUCAAAGAUGUCGGACUUGUUUGUUUCAUUAACGAAUGACCCCUGCAGGGCCCAGCACAGCACCAAGAAAUCAAAUGCUCUUCCAUUGGCUCGAAAUAGAGGAAUAUGCUUUUGAAAUG